GGUAGGGCGGAAGCGGGCGGUGGCUAUGGCAACGGCGGUGCGCCUCGCCUGGAGGCCCCGGAAGAGGCCAUGGCGGAGUCUUCGCCCACCCAGACCUUGCCUCACUCGCCCCGGCUGGCCAGCGCCUCCAGUACGUCGCGCACCUACAAUCUCCGGCCGGCCUUCCACCACAAAUUCCGGUCUUCUACAGUGAAAGACUGCAUCCACGAGGUGUUAAAAGAGCAGCUGGCUAAUGUGCAGUACUCCCCUGAAGAUAUUCCGCAUCUCACCAAAUCCUUAUCAGAGAUAAUCCGAGACAAGCUGAAAGAGAAAGGUUUUCACCGGUAUAAAAUAGUCGUGCAGGUGGUGAUCGGAGAACAGAGAGGCGAGGGAGUUAACAUGGCUGCUCGAUGCUUCUGGGAUGCUGAUACUGACAACUACGCCCAGGAUGUUUUCAUGAACGACAGCCUCUUCUGCGUGGUGGUCGCCUUUGGUUGUUUCUUCUACUGAUGCUGACGGGGAGUUCAAAGAAGAACGGCCAUUGUUUCAGACGUGUUGAGGAAGCAAUACGCUACAUAUUAUUUUUAAAAAAUCUAUGGAUGCUCCCUUUAACAUUUUCUCCAUGAACGCUUAAAAGAUAUCACGGACUACUGGUGCUACUGUUUUUGUAUAAAGGUUGAGUUUUCUGCACAAGUGGGGUAGUGUUCUUGCACAGCUCUUAUUCAUUCCAUUGGGGUUUGCCCGGGAGAGCGUCCUGCUGAAUUCAGCUCUGUUUUUACUUGUAAAAAUAGGGCUGAAUUUGGGUCCGAAAUGGGACCCAACUGGAUCCACUAUUACCAACAAUUGAACAAAUCCUCAGUGUGUAUUGCAGAAGCUAAACUCGUGUGCUGAAUAUCAAUCCAUUUGAAUGAAGAUACUGAACUCUCAGUGACAACGGCACUAUAAUACACUGUAAUUUUUUAAUCAGUGUAUGCUCCCGUAUGAAUUCUGCUAUUAAUCCAGUCCUGAAAAUUCUUUUUUCCUUACUGCAUGUAUUUACAUUCUCUUUUACGUUCUUCCUCCUCCUCCGACGAACCAACUUUAAGGAAGACCUAUAACUGUUAGCUUUCUUGUCUACAGAUAAAGGGUUGUCAGAUUUCGUUGUAGACUUCCUAUGUCAUCGUUUCACCGCUUGACUCAAUAAACGAAUUGAAGGAGGCAAUUUCUUAUAUCGGUUGCAAUAUCUCUUUGCCAAUUGCA